UCCUAAUUUAUUGGGUAAGAGAAGUUCGGGUAAAGACGUAAUGUUACAGAUUACAUUUUGAAGAAUUCAUAUCAGGAAACAAUGAGAGGAACAACUGAUAUCAUGCGUAAGAAGAAUCUUUAUCCUCCUAGAAAUGGCAAUUUAUCUCUGGACUUUGAUCAAAAAAAUGUCCCUCUGAAAUCAUCUAAUACAAAUUUCACAAAUAAAAGCAAUCACUCCCGCGUUAGUCUAGGCGAAAAGUGCAGCAACUGUCAUCGAACUUUCCGAGACUCUGAGCAUUUAACAAAACAUAAAAGAGGAGCUCUUUGCCGACGACUUGUGCAAAAAGUUGCGCGACAAAACCGAAAACUUGCAAACAAACUCACUCUGAAAUCCAAGAAUGUCUCGCUGCCUUCAAAUUCUGUUGGACCUCGGAAGAAAUCACGGGUCAGCCGACCAGCAUCUAUGACUCACAAGCCUUACCAAUGCAGCGUCUGCGGUGCACGCUUCUGUGAUAAAGUAAACGUUGAGUUGCAUUGUGAGAGACAUCACAAUGCCAACAGUCAACUAUGGGUUGAAGUGACACGAGGCCAAGAUAUUCGAAGUGUCAGUGACCUAACUAACAACCUUCAAAACAACUCAUUAGUUUCUCCUAAUGAAGCCACCAUUGAUGCUUCUGCAUCUCGCACUUAUGUAAUGGCCACUUCAACUGCCAGCGUAGAUGGUGCAAGUAGUUCUGCUCUUAAUUAUGUGUCAAGCCGGUUAAUGCCUUUGGAAAGAAUCAAGUGCCCUGAGUGUAAUACAUUUUUUCAUUCAGAAUUGCAGCUUCAUGAGCAUAAAAAAGUGAGUCAUCAAAGUUUGUUAAAUAACUGCAUUGAGUCUUCCUCUCACAUGCUCUUUCAUCAAACUAGUCACGCUCCUGUGCUCAAUCGUGGCAUUACUCCUUUAAAUAAUCCCAACCCUAAUUGCCAGCAGUAUCUUGGUCCUAAUGUUGGUACCAUUGACACAAACGUAUCAAAUUUAUCCUUGAACCAGCCUCUGCUGCCUACUGGCUACAUCUUUCCUGCUCCUGCAUACUACAGCCACGAUCCAAACUCGUCCAUGCAACAGAACAUCGUGCAUCCUCAUCUAUCAUAUAUGCAGCCUCAGCACCCGGUUCAUCCUCACUUGAUUCAACACCAGACGGAAAUGCAGCAACAAAACACUCAACAAGAUCAAACUCCCCAGCACAAUGACCAAAUCCAUGCUGAAUCAAAUAAUCAUUUGCAACACCAGCCUUCGCAUCUCCUGUCCCAGGACUUGCUUCUGAGUUCUUUGCAGCAACCGAACCAGCCUCAGCCUACUCUGCAACCAUCGCUUCCUCAUCAUAGUGCUCAACAUGGGGGCCACUUGGCCCAUGCUUCCACAAUUGCACCCCAGUACUCGUCUUCAAUUAUACUCGACUUGCCUACAAGCAACCUGCCAUCCAGUGGAUCGUCCUCUGAACUUCCAUCCUUGAUGCAUAAUAACAUAACCGGUGUCCAGUCGGGAAUGAAUAUAUCAGUUGUAGCAAGUUCUGCCUCUCAUUCUGUACCUUCCAGUUUAUCAGGUAAUAACAAUUGCAUAAAUGCUUCCUCCGUUCCUUCUGUUGCUUGUUCCUCUACUGGUUUCGUUUCAUCUCCAUGUUCAUUGUCUACUAGUUCUAAUCGCGUCGUGCCAACUCCUAAAACUCUUGAUAAAUCUGACUCGAAUGUUAUUACUAAGUGGAAUAUGUGUAGUGAGUGCGGCGUGAAGUUCAUAGACCUCAUGAACCUAGAACUUCACGUCGAAAAGAAACACCCCCUCCUUUCAAUACUGGGUUCGGUUGAUUUCAAAGACGGAACAAUAUGUUACAAAACUGGCACUUCUAUUGCGAAAAGUUUGUCACGCAAUACUGCGGUCCCCUCAAAGUCUGUUAUGAAAGAUCUUAAGAUACCUCAGUGUCACUCCUGCUGUCUAUGUAAUCACUCUACCACUUCCCUCUCGCCCAUGGUUGAGCACAUGAUGUCAGUCCAUGGCCUGUCUGGGAAAGCAAUGGUCGAUUCAAUAAGUAGUGAAGAAGGUGCAUCAGAUUACUGCCCUGCUGUAUCCCGAAACUCUGUCACUAAAAGAGAAGUCAGUCGUUCUUGUGAUGCCAUUUCUACGAUGACCACGUGCAAGCCUACUCGGCCACCGGCGCAUCAGGAGGCUGGCAAGACACUGGAUCCAUCACGACCGCUCGGUGAGGACAGCUGCUUAUCGUGUCUAACUAAUUUCAAUUCCGCCGCGGAACUCAUAAGGCAUAGGAUAAAAGACAAAGUGCAUAUUUGUGGCGUAUGUUGCUAUGUGACGUGCAGUCGUAAAGUUUUAACGGCUCACAUGCGGAGUGACCAUGACUUGGAUGAUUCGUCUGGGUCAUUCUCUGCCGUUUUAAGCGAUUUGAAGAAGCAGCUUAGCUGCUGGCGCUGCAAAAACGCUUUCCAGAAAACCAGCGAAUUUAUCAACCAUCUAAAAAUUCAUGGAAGUUUAUCUGGUCGGUGCGAGAAGUGUGGAAAGCAAGAUAAUAACAUUGCCAAUAUCUUGAUUCACAUGACUACUCUGCAUCCAGAUUUCAUGAACCGCUUGGCCAUCACGGUCACUUCUAAUGGCGUACCUUCCACCUGCUCGUACCUGCAAACCUUAACUGGUGAUUUACUGGAUGCUUCGUGCUUGGAGUCUCGCGGUAAGACAGAUACGAGUGGUGAAUGCUCUACUGGUGACAAGCGUAGGAACAAAAGUAAGAAACGAAUUUCAUUUAUCGAUGAAGUUAAUACUUCCUGUGGCAGCGGCAAAAAUAAAAGUUCUGCGAAGGCCGACGAUGACCGACGUACGUAUGCGUGCAGUCAAUGUUUAAUAUGCUUCUAUGGAACAUCAAGUCUCGAGAUCCAUCUGAAAGAACACGAAGACUUGGGAUCUUCAGGCCAUCUACCUACGUUGGCUAACAUAAAGCGCUCACCAUCUGAAGAACGGCUGACUUCGUCGUUGAUAUGCCCCCCGGAUGCACAAAAGGCUGGGAUCGUUGACCGCUCAAAAGUAAAUACUGGCAAAUCGAAAGCAAACUUGAAGGUGAAAUCAGGUGAUGGCAAAAAAAUAGGACUCAGUUCGUUGCCAUCGACAAGUGGGUUUAAGUGCGAAGAAUGCGGCCUCACUAAAGACUCCAGCGAGGUGAUGGUCAGUCACAUUCAGAAGGUGCAUAUGUCGGGCAACCUGAUUCACAUGGUCGCUGAAAAGAAAGGUGCUACCAAAGAAUAUCCUAUUUAUAUUGUUACCCCAAUUUCAGCCAAUUGAAUCACUUCCCUUUGCCAGGUAACAACAGUACAGUUUAUUUUAAUGCUCCACAUAAGACUGCGUUUCAGAUGCUGCAAUUUAGUCGAAGUCAAUUAUCAUUCGAGUUUUUCCUACAGAAUUCAGUAAAAAUACACGUUUCAUAAUUGGUGAAAAUGUGGCUCAAGAAUGUGCACAAUGUUUUUAAACACGCUUUAAUUUUCAUUAUCUUGUUGCCGUGUCCACUAUCGCUUAUUAAUUUCAUAGCAUUCCCAUUAUGCCUAGCCUUUAAUCUUUCUUUGCAAAGGAUAUUAAAAAAAAUAUCUAAAUCUAGGUUAAGAAUUCGUUCUCGUUUUUUUGCACCCUUAUGCUCCGCUCUCCAACACCAAUAGCAAGCAAUGUUUAGGUUAGUAAAAUAACUAGAUAUUUUUUCCACUCUCAAGCCUUUUCAAACAUUCCGUUUGAUUUGUAUUCAUUCAUGUUAGUUAAGGUACACAAAUAGAUAAUGCGAUAUCUUGUAUAGAAUACUCGUCACACCAAUGGACACUCGUAACAAGGCUCUGAAAUGCGGUAAUAAAUAAUAAUGUUCAUUGAAGUAAUUAUGUUCUAAAUGAAAUACAACGACGUUGAUCAAGAUUUAGAAAACCUUAAUACCUCGAAGCCAAUUGAGUACUUCGCCUUUCUCAUACGUGCAAUACUGUUAGCGUGAAUUCCUUUAAGGACAUUUUUUCAAGGGUCUGUGACGCUACACUUGUUUGCUACUUAGCACGAGAUUAAAUUUGUUUACA